AUGGGUGUCAAAGGUUUCGUUGAGGGAGGCUUAGCUUCCAUUGUUGCAGGCUGCUCCACCCACCCGCUUGAUCUCAUCAAGGUCCGCAUGCAGCUCCAGGGUGAGAGCAACAGCGCCGCCGCUCGGGCCCCACAACCCGUCCACAAUCUCCGCCCCGCUUUUGCCUUUAAUUCCCACUCUGCCACUCUGGUGGGCCCACCACCGCCGGCCCAGCCGGCCCGCGCGGGGCCCAUCUCGGUCGGAGUUCGCAUCGUGCGGACGGAAGGCGUCGCCGCCCUAUACUCUGGCGUCUCCGCCACCGUCCUUCGCCAGACUCUCUACUCCACCACCCGCAUGGGCCUCUACGAAGCCCUGAAAGUCCAGUGGGCCGACCCAAACACCGGAAACCUCCCCCUGACCCGAAAAAUCCUCGCCGGGCUCGUCGCCGGCGGAGUCGGCGCCGCCGUCGGCAACCCAGCCGACGUGGCCAUGGUCCGGAUGCAGGCUGGCGGCCGCGACUACAAGAACGUGGUGGACGCGAUCACGAAGAUGGCGAGGAGCGAAGGGAUUGUUAGCCUGUGGCGCGGGUCCAGCCUCACGGUGAACCGCGCGAUGAUCGUGACGGCGUCGCAGCUGGCGUCGUACGAUCAGAUCAAGGAGGCGAUCCUCGACAGGCACUUGAUGAAGGACGGCCUCGGUACGCACGUGACGGCCAGUUUCGCGGCUGGGUUUGUGGCCUCCGUGGCGUCGAACCCCAUCGACGUGAUCAAGACAAGGGUGAUGAACAUGAAGGUGGAACCCGGGCAGGAACCGCCGUAUAGUGGGGCCCUGGAUUGUGCAUUGAAGACUGUGAGGGCUGAGGGGCCCAUGGCCCUCUACAAGGGCUUCAUCCCUACGAUUUCUAGGCAAGGGCCCUUCACUGUGGUGCUGUUUGUGACGCUUGAACAGCUCCGGAAGGUUCUCAAGGAUUUUUGA